CCUCUGCUUUGUUUAAGGGCAGAAUUUACGCUGUUUCCCGUGGUUUCUUUCUGAAUUAUCUCCUUUCGUCGAUAUUGAUGGUGAACCUGUAAGAGGACUCACAUCAGGCGAAUUUACAAGUUCGAUCUAAUCGACAAUUGUAUCCCAAAUUAUGUCUUCAAAUCGUCGAGUGUCAGUUCCAGCAAUCGGUCUUCGUCGAAGCCCUCGAAGAAGAACGAAAACUCCUUCACUGAAUGAACUUUCAAAGAAGUACAAAAUAAGCCCUAGAGGAAAAAGAAGACUUGAAUUUCAACAUGAGAAACACCAAGAACCAUUAAAAGGCUGUACAUUCUACUUGGAUCUUGAAAACUACCGCAAAGCUGGCAGCUUAAAAGCUCGCAUAAAAGAGCUCGGAGGGGCUGUAGAAGAAUUUUUGAGCAAAGACAUCAGCUGUGUUGUCACCAACAAGAAAGAUGCUGACAGUCAUUGCUCUCCAAGGAGCAACUCAACACCAAGCCCUAUUUUAUCAAUUCCAAGUCCUUUUCCAGGCAACACAAAAAGCUCAUCUGCCAAAGGCUCCGCCAUUCCAUCUCCAUUAAGUGCAGACUCGUGUGGUACUGAACAAAAUGGUCCAACUUCUACCAAACAUAAUAUGAGAGGCAAGGCACUGGCAGCUCAUGCAGCCAUUACCUACAAAUGUGGAACAAGCAAUGUCACUGCUAAUGCAAGAAACUGGGGUCUUCAAAUCGUGUCACUGGAAAAGAUGUUGGAGAAGUUGGAGCAAUAUGGUAGUAUCCUAAAGAAACCAACAUCCAAAGCUUUAGUUACUGGAAGAGUAGCCAAGCAGGGUGUCAAACCCAAGGUACGAAAGCUGCACUCUCCAUUCAUUAAGGUAGAAGAUCACAGUCGCGCUUACAAGCCCCUGGUUCAUGAGUUAAAGGACUGGCCAAAGAUUUACUUUGACGGGUCAUCGGGAAGUGGGCCGUUCGACCCGCCGAAGAGAGAUGUGGAACAUAAGCAUGAUUGUAGAGAGCCUGCCAGGGCUAAAAGGAAAAGUGUCCAUGAAGACAAAAAUAAGAAGAAAGGAUUUUGUGAGUGUUGUUGUCUUCAUUAUAAGGAUCUAGACAUGCAUCUUCACAGUGAUCGUCAUCAGGCAUUUGCGAGAGACUCAUCUAACUACAAAAGCCUGGAUGAGCUCAUCAAAAGAGGACCAAGCUUGCAAGAAUUCUUGGAGAAGGUGUUGUUGAAACAUCAACAAAAAAAGAAGGAGAUGAAAGAGGAAAACAGGACUGAAAUUCCCGGUUCUCAAAAAUCCGUCGCAGAUCGAGCUGAAGAAAAAACACCAUCGAAGCAAAACAACCAGGAAGUGAUUCCGGUGUAUCAAACCCCUCCAGACCAAGGUUUGAUGGAAAAUGAAGGCUAUCAAACACCCACUAACCCCUUCCCUGAGAGACCUGCUUGUUGUACACCAACCACCACUUCCUCCCCCGGGAGGAAGUAUACUGAUUAUGAUACUCCAAGAAGAACAUCGAGACAGAGAACCGGUAAAGGUUCUCUUAAGUUCAAAGAGGCUGAAGUGCGGGAAUUGCGCAGCAGUCCUGGACACUCUGGGAGCAAAACGAGCAGCUUAAAAGCGGGUGCAGCCGCACUUACGGCAGAGUAUGUCAGAGUAAAGCGUAUAAACUCGGAGAAAACAAGUCUGAAGGCAGCUACAGAAAGGGUUCCCAAUACCAGAUUACGGUCAUCUUCUUUCCGUUCUACUGCAACGUGUUCUAAACGCGAUAAAUGUGCGUCUUCUCCAUCACCUCGUGAAGACCUUGUGAGGGACGACUCCACAAGAAGACAAAGAAUAUCUCCCGUCCAAAAUGUGGAGAAUAAUGAUGCAGAUGAGGAAACGCGCAAUUGUGAACAAGGAUCUUCAGGCGAGAAUAGUUGUAAAGAAAACCAACAACCUAAGUCGAGUGUUUUUCAUUCUAACAUGGCGAGUUAUGACAAAGACAGCGUUGUCCAAACGAAGCUUCGACCUAGAAGAUUACAGUCUGAUGGAAAUGAAGUCGACGAGGUCAAGUGUAAAGCUGGUUCAUUGAGUGAGUCCGGACUGGAGCUCCAAAAUAAAAGUCCCGAGAGGACACAUCUUCGACAAGAUAGAGAGGAAAAUUUCUGUGAAACUUUCAUUUUAAAAAAGGAUAGUUUCAAGUCUACUGAACAAACUGUGGAUGAACAACCCAGAAACAACAUUGUAGUUGAAAGCCUCGAGAACAAGCAUCGUGUUCAACGUCUUGUGACUCAUGCAAGCAAUUUGCAACAGGAUAGUCCACCAAACACCUCAGGAGAAAGUCUUAAACCAAAGAACACUCGAUCUGCUAGAAAAGGAAAGUUAUCCGAUUGUUGCGAUGAAAACGGGCUGAUUGUUGAAUCUCAUGAAGAACUAACUCAAGAUAAAGAACCCGCAGUAGAAAUCGAAAGUCCCAGAAAUACGCAGGAUACAAUCUUUGUAGAGCAAAAUCAUUCUGAACUCCACCACGUCAACAAGGAUUCCGCCAUUAUCCGUGAAACUUCUAUGCAAAACAUCCAAAUGACGUCACUUGAAACAAAAGUAUUGCAAGAGUCGGAGCAGGACAUUGAGAUCGAAAGAAUUAAAAGGUCAUACUUAGGGUCUGCAACGAUGGAAAAUCAUCAGAAAUCAUGUCACAAUGAAAAGGACCAUACAUCUGCUCAUGAGGAGAUGCCUACAAAACAUUUUUAUGAAAGGGACAAUGUUGUUAAGUCGUGUGAGGCUAGUGUUCUCAAAAAAUCAGGGCAAAAUAUUGAAAUGGAAAGUGCCAAGAGGCCAUGUUUGAGGUCUGCUACAAGAGGGAAUCAUGGUGAUGAAAAACCGGAUGUAGAACAUUUGCCGGAAACUAUACAAAAUAACACCCAGAUGGAAAGUCCUAAAAUGUCCUGUCUUCGUUCCCCUUCGAAAGGUGAUAAUAUGCAGCCCAAAAGUACCGGAUCGUCACAAACAAGGGAAGACAAGAAAGAGGGGAAAACAGAAAAAGGUAAACGGUCCUCCGAUAAAACUCUGACUAAGAAGCCGAAAAAGAAUGGAAAAAUGUUGACUGAUCAGCAAGAAAAUACUGAGAUAGCAAAAGCUAAUACGGAUAGCGAUGUUACAUGCACACGAUCACGAGUUAAGUCCGCCCCAGCUGCAACGACCCAUUCGUCUCCUUCAUCGGAUUCUCUGAGACCGGCUGCAGACGUGAAGCUCGUGAGGAAUAGCUAUGUAGACUCUGAGCCACAAAGAAAACUUCUCAUUUCGAAAAAUGAAGUUAGAGAAAUUACGGAAGAAAUAGAAGUAAAUCAAAGCUCAAAGCGCUCUUUUCGUGACUUGAAAGAUCCCUCAAACGUAGUAGUCAAGUUGUCUGAUUGUAAGAAGUCGUGUGUUGACAGGAAGAGGCCUUUGCUAGAUGUAGACUCAAGUUAUUCUGACACCGAGAGUAUUCAAAUGUCAAAUGGACAAACGUCAUCGAAAGAAACUCCUGCCGAGGACGUUUUUUCGGACAACGAUGAAAAUGAUCUCUCCAGUACACCAACACUGGACCACUGUUCCUCUCCCGCAAGCUCAGAUAAAUCGGGCUUUUCAGAUGAAAGUUCAGCCAGAAGCAGAGGGUUUAUCUUUAGAAGACACGCAGAACAAGAUGAGUGUGACUCUAAGCUAUGUUACAGGACCAGGUCAAAAUACAAAAUCCCAGACAACCCCAUGAGUUAUCGUCAUCGAAAGAGGAGAACUGUUUCCACGGACUAUACUAGUGUUAAAUCAAAAUCCAGAAGUUUCAAACAAAGAUCUCACUCGGUACAAAGUCACCAAACCAGGACACCGAAGAAGAAGGUGAAAAAAGAGGAAAAGGAACAGAUGAAAAACCCAGAGACUAGGCCUUGCCGUGGAGAGGCCUUUCAAAUGAAAGACCUCUCAUUUGAGGCCGAUUUAAGUGCCACUUCUAGUGGUCCUCGUCGUGGGUCCACUCAUGCCUGCGGAGUGCUUACAGCUGUGAGAAACUUGCAAAAGCUUGCUGUAGACAGCGUCGACGAAAUAAUAGAUCCUUUUCUUUCUUCAGAUACAAUUGUAUCUUUGGAAGAUGUUUCCGUAACUGCUGUUCGUGGGUCACCCGCAUGCAUGGAAAGUGCUAAAAACUGCGUUACUGGUAAAUAUUCAGGAAUUCAACUCUUUGAAGGCAGCCCACGUAUCAAAAAAGAUUUCCAUUCUGCAGCUUUUGCAGUCAAACAUUCUGAGAAACGAUCUAGUGUUACUCUAUUGUUUGAGUCAGAUGAUGAGGAUGAAGAAUUUAAUGGCUUUGAUGUGCCGCAGUUCUUUGGGUCGUUUUCAUCUGAGGGUGAAUGUGAAGGUUUGAGUUAUAGGAUUAACUCCAUUGUGGAGAGUAUAAACUAUGGUACUGAUGAAGCCACUGUAACAGAUUCUCAGAAGAAUGUCACUGUCGAGGAGGUUAAAACUAGUGACGAGGAUGCGGAAGUCGAGGAAUAUAUUGGAAGGGAGGAGGAACCAUCGAUCAAAAAAAUAGGUGCCAGGAAGGGAGCUUUUGACGGAGAUGUUGAAAUAAAACAAAAUGAAGCUGCGAGAGUGCUGGAGGAGAGAAGGUCAACAACUCCAGUCGAUAUUCUCGGAAGCAACGUACUUGACCCACGGCCAAGUGCAGUAAAAACGUCCGUAGUGGACAUUAUUUCCAAAGAAGGUACUGAUGAUUUUGAUGAGAAUGACGAUGUGUUCAACGCAGUGGCUGGCAGCACUGAUGGAGAAGAUGACGAUGAUGACGCUGCAGUAAGUUCGCCGUUCAAUAUCUCCAGCUGGACGCGGAAGCUUAAUUUUGAGAAUUUUCGGGCAGAAGUCUCCGAGCAAGUGGAGGACUAUGUGUCGUCGUCCACUUACAGUAACUGGAGACGAAAGCGUAAAUAUGAAGACCCUCAGCCAGAAUUAGGGAGGCCAACGAAGCGUAGGAAAUCAGACGAAGGGGCGGAGGUAGAUUGCUCCUCCGAGUGCUCUAAAGCAGUUACCCCUGUUAAAACUGGAGCGCUAUACACUUUGUACGAAACUAUUGAAGAACGGGUCAAGCUACGUCGGAUCAUGGAACUUUCUCUUAAAGAAUACGAGAAUUCCCAAACUGUAAGGGAGCAAAAUGACCACAAUGUGCAAUCAUCAGCAAAAGAGAUGGACGGACAGAAAUUUCCACCCUUAAAGCCAUUGAAGGGCAAUUCCACGAUUCGAACUUCUCCGAGUGUUCGUCCAAUCAACACCUCAUCAAGUUCCUUCCCGUCACCACUCGCGGGUCCUUCUCGAAAGAGUCGGAGAGCCACGUGGACUUCUGACGUCAAUGCGUUUGCGUCACCACCCUCUGCAACGUCAGGCUUCAAAGGUAGACAAGUUAGGUGUUCGACUCCUAUGUCAGCCUCAACUCCUUCCCAACGUACUUUGAAAGAAAAGAGCGGAGAGAAAUUUCCACCCUUAAAGCCGUUGAAGGGCGUUUAUAGAAUUGGAACCUCGCCGAGAGCUAGUCCAAUCAACAGCUCGCAGAGUUCCAACCCAUCGUUACUUCCGGUUCCUUCUCGAAAAAGUCGGAGAGCCACGUGGAUUUAUGACGCCAAUGCGUUUGCAUCACCAUCCCCUGUAUCAGCCAUAACUCCUUCCCGACGUACUUUGAGAUCGCGCAGACACCAAAAAGGCACUGAAGAUUCCAUUCCUCAGAUAUCAAGACAAGGAAGGGACGUUUUUGCUUUUGAUGAAUAACCAGAUAACUCGGAUUGUGAAAAAAGAAGUUAUUCCUAAUCUAAGAGAUUGCAGAGGAGUAGGGUAUAGAAUGUUUUGAAGAAAGUAUAUUGUACAUAGAGACAUGUUAAUGAACAUUUUGUCGUAGAUUCGUUUUUAGGGAAAUUUUUACAAGUUCUUAGACGAGUGUUUUCAGUACAAUGGAAAAGGUAGCGUUCCAUUGUUAAAUCGAAUAACAACAAUCGCUAAGUACUAAAUACGAGCCAUCCGCCAAUCUUAAAGAAUUCCGAGUCAGAUAAGUGUCUAGAUGCAUAAACUGAGAGAACACCAGUCCUUAAAGAAAAUCCGCCUAAAGAUACCUUUGGGGAAUGUAAUUUUCUCAACAAGAACUGCAUGUUAAGUCCAGAUCGAGUUAAAGUAUAUUUGAAUUUACGGAUACACUUUGGCUGUUUCCCAUUUGUAGAGUUUUCAAAUUCUCACAGUUUAGCUUUGUAUAUAUUUCAUUCGUAUUGUCAACAUUUCGCAUUUCACAUCGAGUUUGAGAUUACAUGUCUGUUUAUUGAAUUUUAUCACAAACUGUUCGUCAUAACAAUCACAAUUUCAGAUUUUAGCUGAGUAGAUUUAAAUGACUUGUGGGUUAUUCUAAAGGAUUGAUAUACUGAACAUUAAAC